AUGCAGACUUCACUGGCAGAUGUGAAUCUGUCUUCUCUCGAAUCCGCAGCCAAUCCACCAACGUUCCCACAAUUUCGAGACCUUCCUGGAGAAUUGAGACACGCAAUAUGGAGGAUGGCAAUGCCUGGCCCUCGGAUAGUACACAUAUAUGAACGCAAAGUACGUAAUCCUGUUGAGCAGGAACGGCAGAAGCGGUUGGAGCAGCAAGCCGUUGAACGAGAGACGAACUCGUGUCACGAACAGCUACGACCGGACCCAGAGCGGAAUGCACACGCACAAAGAAUGGAUGAAUCACGGGCAGCGCGGCGAGCAGAUAUGCCUCGCAUAUCAAGAACAUUAAAUUUGAGAAGGUCGCUACAGUUUGGUUGGGAGUCAGAAUGUGAGGAAACUUGGGAGGGGUCAAGAACGGACUCCAGAUGGGACGGAAUGUCAGACCUCUGGACAACAAUGCUCAGGCGAUCGACACCGUUGGCAUCAUCUCCCGAUAAAUCGAACCGAAGGCUCGUUGCGGACUCAGGAAAGACUCCUCUAGACUCGCCACAUUCAGGGCGACUUCCCGGGACAUGGGGCAUCGAAUCCGACUCUUACAGACCCGAAAUCAUAUUCACCUGCCAAGAUGCUUUCCAAGCAUGCAAAUACACACCAUACUUUUCAGGCCCUUCGACAAUACCACAGACCUAUUUCAAUCCCGAGAUUGACGUUCUUCAUAUUUCUGAAGAAUCUCCAUGGUCCUGGGUCGAUCUAGACUACGGUCCCGAGGAAAGACUUGAUCGUUUUAUAACGCAGUUGGCUGUUGGAUCUGCCGGUCAACUGAAGUCGGUCCGACAUCUAGCCCUCUCAAUCGCUGGAUGCAAUAGAUGGUCCAACAAGGAGGAUUGGUUACUGAAGCUUUUGGGCUGUUUUGGCAAUUUGGAAGUCCUUACACUUGUUAUCGAAGAUAAGCCCUGGCUUGAUAUCAAAUCGUGGAAGUCCAAGCACAGAUCAGACGAUGUCUUUCUCGACUCUGACGUGCUAGCUCCAGCAUUCGACAAUUAUAGCAGCUCGGAAACAUCUGCGUCAGAUCGCAGCAAGUUCAAGGCAUCCCCCAAGAUCCCUCCACUUGAUAUUGACUUGAACCGGCUCGAGGCUCUCAGGUGGAGACAAAUUGCGACUGGCAACUGGCAAGGACUCUCACCUAAUUGGAAGCUUCCUAUCAUCAAGAUAAACCAGAUUGUUGAUAGAAGGAUCAAGUUGAAAUUCGAUCGAGUUCGAAAAGAAGUCGAGAAACGGCGACUUGCUGAGCUCAAGGCCAAGAAAGAGGUACCUGACUCGGGGCUUGAUCCUGCUUGA